AUGAUGGACGACGUCAAUGAUCUUUCGGCGCAGGAUCCCAGCACCCAUCUCACGUUGGAGUUGCGUGGGACCCGCUUCACAAUCGAGCGCGAGACUAUGAUGAACCUGCCCGAAUCCGUCCUGCUCUGUCUCUUCCCCAACGGUCUCAUCCUCACCCGACAACCACGUAUUCCAUCAUUGCUCGAUCAGGAGGGCGAGGAGGAUGAGGAGGAGCUGUACCUUGUCGAUUUUGACCCUCAAUGUCUGUCGUAUGUGCUCAGCUUCUUCAAGACAGCGCAAGAUGAUUUUUACGGCACUCCCGAACAACCGGGCAAAUAUCGACCCAGCUCUUCCUAUGGCAGUCCCGGUCUUUAUCACUAUGCUCAGGCAUCAGGCGAAGGCGCUGAUCCCAAUGCCAUGAACCAAAGCGGCAUGUCUCAAAUCCCUCUGAUGAACAAGCAGCCCAUCAUUGUUCUGCGAGAAGAGCUCGAGUACUUUGCUAUCCCACCCAAGAAGGCCGUUCCUGGAGCAGAACUUGACCCUGAAGAAUUUGAGGGCACCGACCCUUCAACAGGUUACCCAACGCCGGCCCUGCUUCGACUCAAGUAUGCAUGUGGCGAUGCUUUGCUCGAUCGUAAGCAGAUCUUCACCGCGCUGCAGAGGAAUGUCAACAAGGAAAACAAUCUUGCAGAGCAGCAUCUCAUCGACAUGCUCUGCAUGAGUGGCUUUGACCGUGAAGACACAUGGGGCUUUCGAGCACUCGAACCAAAUCGUUGCUGCAUAACUUCCAUUGCUCUGGUCUUGCUCAAGACCGGUAUUACACAUGCUCGCGAGCUGGAAGCGGAGGGCAUAAACUCGGAAAAUGUUGGUGCCAGCGAGUAUCACGAUGCAAGCGGUCAGACGAGCAUGAUGUCCAACAUGCGCGUGGAUCAUCAACAAUUCGCUACUGCGCAAAAGCUGCUUCUCUUCUGGCGCAAACCAGCCAGGAAAUGCUGGUGGGAUGGCAUCGAUAUCGUCUUGCCUGCAUCACAGAAGGAUGCAGCAUCGCAAACAGCAGCACCAGAUCAAACCGUUCGACCUGAGGAUCUCAACGAUGCUAGCUUGACCGCCAAAGAAAUUGAGCUGCUCAAGUCAGCAAGGGGCAGGAAAGUGCGCGUGUGGGCACGCCGAGUAUGGACCCUUGAGCUCAGCUUGAUCUGA